UUUUGGUUGAUAGAGGCUAGGGAGGAUUGAAGGAAGUGUAAAGGCUUGAAUUUGGCAGUCUCUUUGCCGGAUAUCUAUUUUAACCCCUGCCGAAGUUAAUUUACAUAAAACCCAGCUGUGUGUGAAGUUUUCUAAAUUUAAAGUUUAUUCUUAUUACUGUAGGGAUAGGAGUGUCAGUACUUACUGAAUUUAUGGUCUUGCUCUCCUGUGUCUGGACCUCCUGGCAGCUUCUAGUUCCCGUUUCCUUUGGAUAACAGGAUACAGCUGGUGGCAGAAUUCUCACCUGUGGAAUGGCCAUUGGGAGUUUUCUUCUCCAUGUAGGUUUUAGCAAAGCAGCAGAAACCAUUUUUGCAGGAAACCACAAGCCUGUGUUAAACACGAAAAGAGAAUUGAAAUAACAUGUCCAUGAGUUCCUCUUUCCAGAGGUACCAACCAUCAUGUGGGAUCCUAAGUAUAGUGUGUCCUGGGUCAUGAAACUUACUCCACAGCAAGCUCCCUUAUAUGGCGAUUGUGUUGUUACAGUGUUGCUUGCUGAAGAGGACAAAGUUGAAGAUGAUGUAGUAUUUUACUUGGUAUUUUCGGGUUCCAACCUCCAUCACUGUGCAAGUACUCGGAAGGUCAGUUCUGAUACAUUGGAGACAAUUACUCCUGGUCAUGACUGCUGUGAGACAGUGAAGGUGCAGCUCUGUGCUUCCAAAGAGGGCCUUCCUGUGUUUGUGGUGGCUGAAGAAGACUUUCAUUUCAUCCAGGAUGAAGCGUAUGAUGCGGCUCAAUUCCUAGCAACCAGUGCUGGAAAUCAGCAGGCUCUGAACUUUACCCGUUUUCUCGACCAGUCGGGACCCCCAUCUGGAGAUGUGAAUUCCCUCGAUAAGAAGGUGGUGCUGGCAUUUAGGCACCUGAAGCUGCCCGCAGAGUGGAAUGUGUUGGGGACAGAUCAGAGUUUGCAUGAUGCUGGCCCACGAGAGACGUUGAUGCAUUUUGCUGUGCGGCUGGGACUGCUGAGGUUGACGUGGUUUCUGUUGCAGAAGCCAGGUGGCCGAGGAGCUCUCAGCAUCCACAACCAGGAAGGGGCGACGCCUGUGAGCUUGGCCUUGGAGCGAGGCUAUCACAAGCUGCACCAGCUUCUAACCGAGGAGAAUGCUAGAGAACCAGACUCCUGGAGCAGUUUAUCCUAUGAAAUACCAUAUGGAGACUGUUCUGUGAGGCAUCAUCGGGAGUUGGACAUCUAUACAUUAACCUCUGAGUCUGAAUCACAUGAACACCCAUUUCCUGAAGACAGUUACACUGGACACAUUUUUAAACUUAUGAACAUCCAACAGCAACUAACGAAAACAAACCUGAAGCAGAUGGACAAUCUUAAGGCCUUAAUGGUGACAGCACAGGAUCCUUCUGGUGCCCCAGAGACAGAUGGCCAGUUUCUUCCCUGUGCACCAGAGCCCAUGGACACUCAGCAACUUUCUUCUCCUGAAGAGACCGACAGCACUCAGUGCUGCCCAGGGAGCUCUGUUGCACAGACUGAAAGUCCCUGUGAUUUUUCAAGCAUAGUUGAGGAGGAGAAUACAGACUGUUCCUGUAGGAAGAAAAAUAAAGGCAUGGAAAGAAAAGGGAAAGAGGUGGGGCCAGCACCUAUUGUGGACUCUGGAGCUGUGUCUGAUCAAGACAGCUGCCUUCAGAGCUCGCCUGAUUGCGGAGUAAAGGGCACGAAAGGCCUUUUGUCUUGUGGAAACAAAAAUGAAGAAACUGUAACAAAACCUUCUGGAAUGCCCACAGAUCAGGAGUCUUUGAGCAGUGGAGAUGCUGUGCUGCAGAGAGACGUGGUCAUGGAGCCAGGCACAGCCCGGUAUUCCUCUGCAGGUGAGCUGGCAGGCGUUUUAACAACAGAUGUUGGUACCCCAGAGAGUGCAGGAGAAGCGGAACAUGGGCUCACGAACCCAGAUGCCACUGUCCAGACGCAUGUGCUUCCAGUAGGGGAAAGGACAAAGGAAAGAUUAGGGAACGCUAAUAUUGGCACAGCUGGAGCCUCUGACGUGCAAGUCACAAGUCAGCCUGUGGAUAAAGUCAGUGUUCCAAAUUGUGCCUCUGCCACCAGUUCCCUGGGUGGUAGCAAACCUGCUGAAUCUUCCCUUGCAUUUAGUAAUGAGGAAACCUCCAUUGAAAAAACAGCAGAAACGGAAGCUUCACGAAGUUGUGAGGAGAGUGCUGGUGCCGCAGUAGACCAGAAUUCUGUGGUGCUUCCAGCUGCUGCAGAAGACAAGGUUCCAGGUGGAUUAGAACCUUGCACUGUCUUAGCAGGCAUCGGUGAAGCAACGUCACCCUCAGAUUUAGCCCUUCCCGGGCUGGAAGUAGAUGUAAUGCCACACCAGAACUCAGAAACAAAUUCAUCUCAGGCUCGAAUCCAAAAGGGCAAAUCCUCACCCAUUUGUUCUACAACUGGAGAAGAUAAACUUUGCUCAGACGCCGCGUGUCAACAAAACACAGUGACUUCUAGUGGCGAGUUGGUUGCACAACUGUGUGAUAAUAUAGUUAGCCAGCCCAAAAGCACCGCAGCAAGGCAACCCAACUCACAAGAUCCACCCAAGGCCGCCCACUGUGAAGACCCACACGCUAAUACAAUCACCUCUGACCCUGUAAGGGAUACCCGGGAACGUCUGGAUUUUUGUCCUUUGAAAGUGAUGGAUAACGAAGGCCAAGGAAAAGAUGUGAGAUUCGAUAAACCUUUAACAAAUAUGCUUGAGGUGCCUUCACAUCCACAUCCAGUUGUCCCUAAAAUGGAGAACGAACUGGUGCCAGACCAGGCAGUAAUAUCAGACCGUACUUUCUUUCUGGCAAACAGUCCAGGCAGUGAAUCAGUAACCAGGGAUGACGCACUUUCUUUUGUCCCCUCCCAGAAAGAAAAGGGAACAGCAACUCCUGCACUACAUGCGGCUACAUAUUGUAGAGAUGGCCCAGACGGAGAUUCGAAUGAUCCUGAUACGCAGCCACUAGAAGACAGGACAGCAGGCCUGUCCACAUGCUUCACUGCUGCAGAGCCUCAGCCCAGGAUGGGGAAUACCAGUCUCACGGGACUUGGUGGAGAGCAUGAGGGUCCCGCCCCUUCAGCAGCUCCAGAAGUUCUGAGUAUCAAGGGGGACACAGACUCUUCCCUGCAAAAUGUGGGUAAGGCCACUUUGGCUUUAGAUUCAAUUUUGACUGAAGAAGGAAAAAUUCUGGUGGUUUCAGAAAGCUCUGGAGCUCAGGAACAAGAUAAGGAUAAAGCAGUGACCUGUUCCUCCAUUAAGGAAAAUGCUCUUUCUUCAGGAACAUUGCAGGAAGAGCAGGGAGAACCACUUCCUCAACAAGAGACUCCACAAUUUCAUGAAAAAUCUAUCUCAGCCACCUCUGCCAAGGACGAAGCACUUCAGCUAAGUAAUUCACCGGGUGCACCCUCUGCCUGUCUUAAGGCAGAAACUGAACAUAACAAGGAAGUGGCCCCACAAGUCUCACUGCUAACUCAAGGUGGGGCUUCCCAGAGCCUGGUGCUACCAGGAGCAAGUCUGAGUACAAACUCAAGGCAGGAAGCCUUGGGUGCAGAGCAGAACAGCUCCACUCUGUUGCCAUGUGUGUUGCCAGAUGGGUCUGAUGGGUCUGAGGCCCUUACUUGCAGUCAACCUUCUCCUCUGGAUGACGGAGUUAAGAACACUCAAUCCUCCUGGGGAAAACCUCAUGCUAGUGCCUGUGAGGUGAGUGGAAAUGUGGCUGUGGAUGUUACAGGGUUUAAUGAUCUACAAGAUACAGCUGAGCCCAGAAGAAAGAGUGUAUCACACAACACCCAAGACAUCCUGAUUCCAAACGUCUUGUCGAGCCAAGAGAAGGUGGUCAUCCUGGGUUUGCCAGUAGCUAUACAAGACAAAGCUGUGACUGACCCACAGGGAUUUGGAACCCCAGAGAUGGUACCUCUUAAUUGGGAGAAAGGGAAGCUGGAGGGAGCAGACCACAGCUGUAACACGGGCGACUCUGAGGAAGCCCAGAUAGACAGUGAAGCACAUCCUGUCCUACUGCAGCCUGCUGCCAAGGAGCUCCCCACAGAAAUGGGGCUCUCAGCCCAUGAUAAUGGGGCCCCAGCUGGCGAGAGGGAAGUUAUGCGAGGCCCGCCUUCAGGCAGGGAAAGGAGCACUCCCUCUCUACCUUGCUUGGCCUCUGCCCAAGCUGCACCUUUGCCUAAGGGAGUGGACUUGAUAGAGGAGGCUGCCAGCCGUAUAGUGGAUGCCGUCAUCGAACGAGUCAAGGCCACUGGAGCACUGCUUACUGAGGAGAAGGCCCGUCACACGUCAGUAUCCAGCGCUGAGUUGGGUCCCCUCACUGAAGGGCUAGAGAAUGCUUCUACAGAAAACAUGAUGAGUGCUUUCCCGCCUGGGGAGAGCCUGCCAGUGGGCGGUACUCAUGAGGAAGCCAGGGGGAGCCUUGGAGGCUGUUUUGCUGGAGGGGAGGAGCCAGAGAAGAUUAUUCUACCUGUGCAAGGGCCUGAGGCAGCAACAGAAAUGCCAGACGUGAAAGCAGAAGAUGAAGUGGAUUUUCUGAGUAAUACCGGAGCAAGUUCAGUUUCUGAAGCAGUGGCUGUAGGGAGCAUAGCUGCUACGCCGAAGAUGAAGCAAGGCCCAGUGACCCAGGCGAUAAACCGAGAAAACUGGUGUACAAUAGAGCCGUGCCCUGAUGCAGCAUCUCUUUUGGCUUCCAAGCAGAACCCAGAAUGUGAGAACUUCCUGGAUGUUGGACUGGGCAGAGAGUGUACCUCAAAACAAGGUGUACUUAAAAGAGAGUCUGGGAGUGAUUCUGACCUCUUUCACUCACCCAGUGAUGAAAUGGACAGCAUCAUCUUCCCAAAGCCCGAGGAAGAGCAGCUGGUCUGUGAUAUCACCGGAUCCAGUUCAUCUACCGACGACACGGCUUCUCUGGAUCGACAUUCUUCUCAUGGCAGUGAUGUGUCUCUCUCCCAGAUUUCAAAGCCAAGCAGGUCCAGAGAUCGGCAAAGCCUUGAUGGCUUCUACAGCCAUGGGAUGGGAGCUGAGGGCCGAGAAAGUGAGAGUGAGCCUGUUGGCCCAGGUGACAUGGAGGAGGAGGAGAUGGACAGUAUCACUGAAGUACCCGCAAACUGCUCUGUCCUGAGGAGCUCCAUGCGCUCUCUUUCCCCCUUCCGGAGGCACAGCUGGGGACCUGGGAAAAAUGCAGCCAGUGAUGCAGAAAUGAACCACCGGAGUUCAAUGCGAGUUCUUGGGGAUGUUGUCAGGAGACCUCCCAUUCAUAGGAGAAGUAUGAGCUGGUGCCCCUCUCGUGUGCAGUACUCUGCUGGCCUGAGUGCUGACUUUAAUUACAGAAGUUUCAGUUUAGAAGGCUUGACAGGAGGAGCUGGUAUCGGAAGCAAGCCAUCCUCAUCUCUAGAAGUAAGCUCUGUAAAUGCCAAAGAACUCAGACGCCCUUUCAGUGGUGAGCAACAGGGUGACUCUUUGGUGUCACUUUCAGAAGAGGAUCUAGAGUCAGACCACAGAGAACAUAAGAUGUUUGAUCAGCAGAUAUGUCACAGAUCUAAGCAGCAGGGAUUUAAUUACUGUACAUCAGCCAUUUCGUCUCCGUUGACAAAAUCUAUCUCGUUAAUGACUAUCAGCCAUCCUGGUUUGGACAAUUCACGGCCCUUCCACAGUACCUUCCACAAUACCAGUGCUAAUGUGACUGAGAGUAUAACAGAAGAGAACUAUAAUUUCCUGACACAAUGUCCCUCCAAGAAAGAUUUUGAAGUGAAGAGUGGAACAAAAGUGAGUCGUACAUUCAGCUACAUCAAGAAUAAAAUGUCCAGCAGUAAGAAGAGCAAAGAAAAAGAAAAAGAAAAAGAUAAGAUUAAGGAGAAGGAGAAAGAUUCUAAAGACAAAGAUAAGAAGACUCUCAACGGGCACACUUUCAGUUCCAUUCCUAUUGUGGGUCCCAUCAGCUGUAGCCAGUGUGUGAAGCCUUUCACCAACAAAGAUGCCUACACUUGUGCAAAUUGCGGUGCUUUUGUCCACAAAGGCUGCCGAGAAAGUCUAGCCUCCUGUGCAAAGGUCAAAAUGAAGCAGCCCAGAGGGAACCUUCAGGCACAGGACACAUCAUCACUGCCCACGGUCAUUAUGAGAAACAAGCCCUCACAGCCCAAGGAGCGUCCUCGGUCCGCAGUCCUCCUGGUGGAUGAAACCACUUCCACCCAGAUAUUUGCUAAUAGACGGUCCCAGCAGAGUGUCUCGCUCUCCAAAAGUGUCUCCAUACAGAACAUUACUGGAGUUGGCAAUGAUGAGAACAUGUCAAACACGUGGAAAUUCCUGUCUCAUUCAACAGACUCACUAAAUAAAAUCAGCAAGGUCAAUGAAUCAACAGAAUCACUUACUGAUGAGGGAGUAGGUACAGACAUGAAUGAAGGACAACUACUGGGAGACUUUGAGAUGGACUCCAAACAGCUGGAAGCAGAGUCUUGGAGUCGGAUAAUAGACAGCAAGUUUCUAAAACAGCAGAAGAAAGAUGUGGUCAAACGGCAAGAAGUGAUUUAUGAGUUGAUGCAGACAGAGUUACAUCACGUUCGCACUCUCAAGAUCAUGAGUGACGUGUACAGCCGUGGGAUGAUGACAGAUCUGCUUUUUGAGCAGCAGAUGGUAGAAAAGCUGUUCCCCUGUUUGGAUGAGCUGAUCAGUAUCCAUAGCCAAUUCUUUCAGAGGAUUCUGGAGCGGAAGAAGGAGUCUCUGGUGGAUAAAAGUGAAAAGAACUUUCUCAUCAAGAGGAUAGGGGAUGUGCUUGUAAAUCAGUUUUCAACUGUGAAUGCAGAACGUUUAAAGAAGACAUACGGCAAGUUUUGUGGGCAACAUAACCAGUCUGUAAACUACUUCAAAGACCUUUAUACCAAGGAUAAGCGUUUUCAGGCCUUUGUAAAGAAGAAGAUGAGCAGUUCAGUUGUAAGGAGGCUUGGAAUUCCAGAGUGCAUAUUGCUUGUAACUCAGCGGAUUACCAAGUACCCGGUUUUAUUCCAAAGAAUAUUACAGUGUACCAAAGACGAUGAAGUGGAGCAGGAAGAUCUAGCACAGUCCUUGAGCCUGGUGAAGGAGGUGAUUGGAGCUGUAGACAGUAAAGUGGCAAGUUAUGAAAAGAAAGUGCGUCUCAAUGAGAUCUAUACAAAGACAGAUAGUAAGUCGAUCAUGAGGAUGAAGAGUGGACAGAUGUUUGCCAAGGAAGAUUUGAAACGGAAGAAGCUCGUACGUGAUGGGAGUGUGUUUCUGAAGAGCACAGCAGGAAGGUUGAAAGAGGUUCAAGCAGUUCUCCUCACUGACAUUUUAGUUUUCCUUCAAGAAAAAGACCAGAAGUACAUCUUUGCAUCAUUGGACCAGAAGUCAACAGUGAUCUCUUUAAAGAAGCUGAUUGUGAGAGAAGUGGCACACGAGGAGAAAGGUUUAUUCCUGAUCAGCAUGGGGAUGAAAGAUCCAGAGAUGGUGGAAGUCCAUGCCAGCUCCAAAGAGGAACGAAACAGCUGGAUUCAGAUCAUUCAAGACACAAUCAACACGCUGAACAGAGAUGAAGAUGAAGGAAUUCCUAGUGAGAAUGAGGAAGAAAAGAAAAUGUUGGACACCAAAGCCCGAGAAUUAAAAGAACAACUUCAACAGAAGGACCAACAAAUCCUCCUCUUGUUGGAGGAGAAGGAGAUGAUUUUCCGGGACAUGGCUGAGUGCAGCACUCCCUUGCCAGAGGAUUGCUCCCCGACGCAUAGCCCUAGAGUUCUCUUCCGCUCCAACACAGAAGAGGCUCUCAAAGGAGGACCUUUAAUGAAAAGUGCAAUAAAUGAAGUGGAGAUCCUUCAAGGUCUGGUCAGUGGAAGUCUGGGAGGCACACUUGGGCAGACUGUCAGCAGCCCAGUAGAGCAAGAAGGCGUGGUCAGUCCUGUUUCCCUGCCCCGGAGAGCAGAGACCUUUGGAGGAUUUGACAGUCAUCAGAUGAAUGCUUCAAAAGGAGGCGAGAAGGAAGAAGGAGAUGACGGCCAAGAUCUUAGGAGAACGGAAUCGGAUAGUGGCCUUAAAAAGCAGGUUGUCCAGAGCAUUGUUCAUCUCCACGAGCUCCUCAGCACUCUGCAGGGCGUGGUGCUGCAGCAGGACAGCUACAUUGAGGACCAGAAGCUGGUGCUGAGCGAGAGGACGCUCACCCGCAGCUUGUCCCGCCCGAGCUCCCUCAUUGAGCAGGAGAAGCAGCGCAGCCUGGAGAAGCAGCGCCAGGACCUGGCCAACCUGCAGAAGCAGCAAGCCCAGUACCUCGAGGAGAAGCGCAGGCGUGAGCGCGAGUGGGAAGCUCGUGAGAGGGAGCUGCGGGAGCGGGAGGCCCUGCUGGCCCAGCGCGAGGAGAAGGUGCAGCAGGGGCAGCAGGACCUGGAGAAGGAGCGGGAGGAGCUCCAGCAGAAGAAGGGCACGUACCAAUAUGACCUGGAGCGACUGCGUGCUGCCCAGAAACAGCUCGAGAGGGAGCAGGAGCAGCUGCGCCGUGAGGCAGAGCGGCUGGGCCAGAGGCAGGCGGAACGGGACCUGUGUCAGGUUUCCCAUCCACAUACCAAGCUGAUGAGGAUCCCGUCGUUCUUCCCCAGUGCUGAGGAGCCGCCCUCGCCAUCUGCACCUUCCAUAGCCAAAUCAGGGUCAUUGGACUCAGAGCUUUCAGUGUCCCCAAAAAGGAACAGCAUGUCUCGGACACACAAAGAUAAGGGGCCUUUUCACAUACUGAGUUCAACCAGUCAGACAAACAAAGGAUCAGAAGGACAGAGCCAGGCCCCUGCAUCCACCUCUGCCUCUACCCGCCUGUUUGGAUUAGCUAAGCCAAAGGAAAAGAAGGAGAAAAAAAAGAAGAACAAAACCAGCCGCUCUCAGCCCGGUGAUGGUCCCACAUCAGAAGUAUCAGCAGAGGGUGAAGAGAUCUUCUGCUGACCCUCCUCUCUGCUGAGGCAGCUGCCUCCUGGUCCUGGCCAGCCCACCUCUCCUGCUGUCCCCGCAUGCACAAGUCUCUUACACUGGACGCCCACUGCUCCUCAGCGUCCAGUCCUCCUGGGCAGCCCCAGGUCCUGGACAAGAAGGAACAGAUGAUCUGAGUGUCAGGGUGGGGAAGGAGGCCCGGACUCUUGCUUCGGCCGUGAUUUGUGACUGCCCAGGACUCUCAGGUUGGGCUGGCCCUACUCAGGAUUACACUGAAAGUAGUGGCUCGUAAGUACAGGUGAUGGUUUUGGACACGUCAGGAAUUCCUAAAGACUAAAAGAGCAUUUCCAAAUAAGGUCUGGAACUCUGACUGCCUUUAAUUUGGGGGAACACAAAACCAAACAGCAGAUGUUCCAGACUUGACCUGUGUACAUACCCGGGGACCUGUCUGCAUACACAUGUGGGGAAUGCCACAAGAGGGCCCGGUCGGCACCAGCCAUCUGGGCAGCUUAGCUCAGCACAAGGGCCGUGCCUGGACUGACCUGGAGCCCCUGCACAUCAGUACUUCACCCGGUAAUCCUAUAGCCCACCCCGUGCACAUAUCACCCCUGUUUUGCAUGUAUUUCUCAUUUCUGGGAUGACAGACAUUUGUGAAACAGUGAGAAGGCUUGAUGUGUAUAAAACACGUGGUCUUCACCACCUUGAUCUCGGUGUUUCGGGCACUAAAGCAACAAAAAAACCCAUAGUAUCUCAUUUCGUCAUCAAAUCCAGAAGAAAUACGCUGGUUUUCCAGGAUGUUGACCCACAUGUUUUGGCCACAGAUUAAAGUGAAGUGGCCUAGUCACCAUUAUCCCUGCAGCAUGACAUUUUGGUUGUCACCACUCAGAAGAGGCCACGGCCUUCUGGCUGUGAUCCUGAGCCCCCAUCGUGGCUCUCCCAGAUAGCAGCCGCCGGGCCCUUGCUGGGUGAGGGCGCGCCCUGUAGGCACACCACCGCCAGGGGUCAGCCUCCCGCCCAGGCCGGGCAGAAGCAGUGCUCUGGAGUUAGGACAGCUGGCUGAGAAGGGGUUCAGGUGAAGGGUUAAGCCAUGUGUAGCAGGUCCUGCCAGUGCAGACCUGGAGAGGAGCUGGUCGGGGGGGGCGUGGUUGUGAAAGUGCCCUUUUGAUGUUAGGAGGCCUUGGCAAAAUUGGAUUUCUUAAAAAAUGUUUUCAAUCUAAAGGUCUGUUGUUGAACUGUACUCUGCCCCUGAAAGAGGCCACAGCUGCUGCCUGCUGCUCAGCUUUGCUUUUGCUUUCCUGAUGUGUUUUGAUCUGUGUUCGCUUGAGGCUCUCCCCAGCUGGUGUGUGCAGGAUGGUUCAUGGUGAUGUUUCCCUCGGAGGCCCCGGACACCAGAAGGGAGGCCGUGGAAAAUUCUGUGCUUCAAACGUGGCCUUCAGUUCUUGCUUUUUUGCCCGUCAGAAGCAUGGGGCUUUGAGCACACCUAGAAAAUCUGUAACUUGGUGCUUAUUAAUGAAUUGCAAGCUGGCCUUGCAGAUGGAGAUAUUUAUCUUUCAGUUUAUUUGAAAGAGGUCUGGUUUGGAACUUUUAGCCUAGAUUUGUUUUAUUUAUUGUAUAUGUGUGUUUGUGUUUUUCUUUUUUAAGGGUGAACCAGGACUAGCCCAAGAGUCUAAACUUACCUGAUCAAUGCACAGUGAAGUGACAGCCAGCAUCUCACUCUGUCUUUCCAAGUGCCUUGAAGGCCCAGAUGAAAUUUUAAGGGGAGGGGUCCAUGUCCUUCCCUCCCCCACCCCAUCUUGUUCUUUAACCAAAGGAUGUCUUCUCCCUUGUUUGACAAUGAAGAAAUUCGCCACCUCUGAGCUACCCUUGCCUUUUUUUUUUUUUUUUUUUUGUCAUGGAGAAGUCCUACCCUUUAGAAACAGACUUCAAGGCCAAAACCUGCUGAUUUUUCUGUUGAAAACAUCAUGUCCCCUUGCAAAGACCCUAAACAGAAAGCUAAGUUGCUUUCUUUCACCAAGCCAUGCAACUCCAAGUUACAGCUGAAACUGUUGUGACUUUCCUCAGAUGUACCACGGGGCUUGGCUGUCUGUUCUGGUCACUGGCUCUGAGUUCCCCUCCCGGCGUUCGCAGGAGGGCGGUACUGAACCUGCAUUCUUCUCCUUGUAGAUGUAGGCCGGGUGCCCCUGUUCUCCAGGCUUGGAACAUCAAGGGGUUGGUGCUGAUUGGAUUAAAUCGCGUACGUGCUCUUCACAAAAACACCGUGGAUGAAGUUAGAGCACGUGGCCACAGAUCUUGACUUCCGUGUUAGAGUGCCUUUUACCCCCCAGCUGUGAUGCUUCCCCUGUCUUGGUUGUUUUAGCCGUCUUUUUUAAAAAUGGAGAUUUCACCUCUGUCCAGACCCCACUAACUUAAAGCGAUUUGGUCAGGUUCUGGUUGGACAAGUUUAAAAUCAGAAGGGUAGUGCCCAGAAUUCCCCUGGCCACCCGCCUUCAUCCAGGAAUAGAGUCUGCGGUGCAGAAAGAUCCACUUACCAAGAACUGUGCUCACAUACCUUUGUCGUCAUCUUCCUCCUUGGAAGUUGUCCUCGAGGGGAUUUGUUCCUGUGCUCGGGAUUUAACUGGGAUGGUGGCUGCCUGUGCUUUUGCUCAUGACCUUGACAAUGCUGUAGUUGCUGGAUCUAAUGGCCUGUCUUGGUUUCUCUCACAUGAGAAAGGGUUGUUUUCUGGGGUGACUCGGACUGAAUUCCCCAUACUGUUCCCACACCAGGAUGCCAUGUUCUCCAAGCUAAACAAAGCAGGGGCCUGAACUUGUGCUUAUUUUGGGGGGAGAGAUGGAAUUACUAUCCAGAGUCCCCAGAUUUCCAGAAUCAAGUGAACUUCAUGGAAGGAGGCUGCAUCUUCUCUCAAUUCCAGUCAUCUCAGUUGUCAUCCCAGUUGGGUGACACGUGCACUUUAAACGCUCUCAUCGGUUGGUUUCACUUUCGAGACAAUCAAAUGUAUUGGCUGUGUUUUCUUAGAAAAUGGAGAGGGUUAAAAACAUGCAAACUGCCACAUUCAACCCUUGCCAGUAUUUCCUCUGCCCCCGUGAGAGCUUCUGGAGGGAAGAGUCCUUACCAAGAUUUUUUUUGGAAAGGUACGAAUCUUACCUUUUUUUCCCCUUAUAUGUCUCAGGGUAAUACUAUUGAGAGUCACCCCUUUGCUAAUUUUCACCCCUUUGCUAUUCGUUACCUUCCUUAGGCCUCAGUAUUUGUCGUGAACACAAAGUUUUGAGACCCUUGGCUUUGUGUCUUCAUGGGAGAGGGGAGGUGUUAGUGUGUGCGAGGGUCCACCCUGAUAAGCCCUGCCUUAGUACAGGGUGGGACCACGCCCUUAGGGGCCAGAGCUGGAAGCCGAAGUUGCUGAGUUGCUGUCCGCAGAAGUGCUUUCAUCAUUGUCUCUAGGGCUUUUUCCCUUCAGGUCUUUCUUCCCAAGGAUGUUGGUAUUUGCAUUGGAGUUGAGGUUUACUGUAAUGAUGGGUGGUCCGUCUGUGCCCAGAGGACAGCCAGGCUCUGGGAGGAGGUUUCGAAAGACAGUCCUGGUGAAUGGGCUUCAGUGGUCACAGGGAGAGUGGCUGUGAGGUGACGAUGUGCACGCUCUGUGGUUGGAUGUCCAUGGAAAGCAGGAGCCUAGAGCUAACCCUGUGGAUGAAAGGGGAGCGGCUGUGGAGAUCCGUGUGCCUUGCCUCCUUCCGCAGGACCGCCCAGGUGUGUGGCCACCUCCAGGCAUGUCCCAGCCAGCCAGCCCCCCCAUCCUCAGAGACAAAGAAGAGGGCAGAGUUUGGGCUUGGAUCUGAACUUUCCUUUCAAUGUAGCGGAGCAUUCCUAGUUCACCAGAGCCUUAGAGUCCACUGCCUGCUGGCCGGGCUUUACAAUGAAAAGUAUUUUAAUGCUGCCAUAAAAAAAAAAAAAAAAAAAAAAAAAAAAAAAAGGAAGGGAAAAUACAGGCAUCUUUCCAAGUACUUAUCUAAUUUGUCAAAAGAUUGACAGGCCCUGAAGGGGCAACCUUACACACUCAUCCCCUGCCUUCGAAGUGUGUGACCUACCCUACAACCGGCUGGGGCCACCUGUGCUGCAGUCCCGAGGGGCUUCUGCAGGAAGCACACACCCCACCCCUUCUGCGGCGGGAAAUUUUCCCCUGCCCUUCAUCAGCACCUGAGGCCGUGGGCAGUCCCUGUGCACUGGCCCUGGAGCGUUCCUGGUGAGGUGCCUGUGGUUCAGCCUUGGCCCCUGCUCUCCUGUGUUCUGCUGCCCGUGUGGGGUUCCCAGGGGAGAUACGGGGAGGAGGGUGGUUGGGACACCCCGGAUACCUCUGCUGUCACUGCUUCUUUCCAAAUGCUCUAUGGACACUUCCGUGCUAAACCCUAUUAAAUACAAAGACGGGUUAUAACCCAGAUGCUGUAUAUUAAUUUGUAAUUAUGUAUAAAGUGAAGCAGUUUUAAACUGUAAAGGUUUUUUUCAGUGUGUUUUCUGGAAUUUGCCACAGCAAACUGGCUUUGUAUUUUAUUUAUCUUUCUUUCUAGUUACCAGCUUCAGACUCUUGUAAAGUCCCCCUCUGCCCUUUCAAACAAAAUAAAUUCCCUGUGAAGUCUUG